CCAGCUCACAUUACACUCUAUUUAUAACCUCUCAGAGUCAUUUCCCGCUGAAUGCAGUUCUCUGGGACCACCUUCUUUUGGCUUCAACUGCUCCCACUCUUGACAUCUGAGCUGCUCAGAGGGAAGCUUCUCCAGGUCCGAGUGUUUAUAUGUAAAGGAGACUGGCCGCUAGGGCUCAGGACCGGGAUUAUCCAAGCUCUGCAGAAAAGCGAGAGGCUAUUACUUUUGAAGGGGGAAAAAGUCACACGAUUUCCAGUGAAAAGUGACAGAGGGUGGUGGUGUUUGGAACCAUCCUGAAGUCUUCUGCCUGGAUUCCAAAACUUGCAUGCUAUGGAACACCCGCUCUUUGGCUGCUUGCGCAGCCCGCACGCCACAGCGCAGGGCUUGCACGCAUUCUCUCAGUCCUCUCUUGCCCUCCAUGGAAGAUCUGACCAUAUGUCCUACCCCGAACUUUCUACUUCUUCCUCGUCUUGCAUAAUCGCAGGAUACCCCAACGAGGAGGGAAUGUUUGCUAGCCAGCAUCACAGGGGGCACCACCACCACCACCACCAUCACCACCACCACCAUCAGCAGCAGCAGCAUCAGGCUCUGCAAACCAACUGGCACCUCCCGCAGAUGUCCUCCCCACCGAGUGCGGCUCGGCACAGCCUCUGCCUCCAGCCUGAUUCCGGAGGGCCGCCGGAGCUGGGGAGCAGCCCGCCGGUCUUGUGUUCCAACUCUUCCAGCUUGGGCUCCAGCACUCCUACCGGGGCCGCGUGUGCUCCUGGGGACUACGGCCGCCAAGCAUUGUCACCCGCGGAGGCGGAAAAGAGAAGUGGCGGCAAGAGGAAAAGCGACAGUUCAGAUUCCCAGGAAGGCAAUUACAAGUCAGAAGUCAACAGCAAACCCAGGAAGGAAAGGACGGCUUUUACCAAAGAGCAAAUCAGAGAACUUGAAGCAGAAUUUGCCCAUCAUAAUUAUUUGACCAGACUGAGGCGAUAUGAGAUAGCCGUGAAUCUAGAUCUUACUGAAAGACAGGUGAAAGUGUGGUUCCAGAACAGGAGAAUGAAGUGGAAGAGGGUAAAAGGAGGACAACAAGGAGCUGCAGCUCGAGAAAAGGAACUGGUGAACGUGAAAAAAGGAACACUUCUCCCGUCAGAGCUUUCAGGAAUUGGUGCGGCAACCCUCCAGCAGACAGGGGACUCGCUAGCAAAUGAAGACAGUCAUGAUAGUGAUCACAGCUCAGAGCACGCACACUUAUGAUCCACAUAGAGAGGACCAGCUCCAUUCUCAGGAAAGAAAUGUUGUGAUGGCAAGCCUUACCCAAACAUCGUUUACACAGAGAGGACUAUGGCAGUGGUGUUUAAUAUUAAGUUCAGGCAUUGCAAGUUUGUUUCAUGAUUUAUAGAGAGUUUACACUAAGGGCCACUUAUUGAGGAUGCUUCCACAGUGAAGAUGAAAAAGGUGGACUUGCUUUGAAUAUUGCAUAUAUGUUUGGUCGUCAUAUGUAUGACAGUGAGCAGGUGUGGGUUUGCUUUUGCUUGCACUGAAAAGUAAAUUGCUAUCAAGAACAAACUAUGAGACGUUUUUAUUCAAGAUGCCUUCAGAGUGAAGAUCUGAAGAUGAACUUGCUUUGAACAUUCCAAAUGUACAAGGUCAUUUUUGUGACAGUGGGCAGGUAUUUGCUUUUGCUUGCACUGAUAAUUAAAUUGCUAUCAAGAAAAAUCAUGAAGUAUUUUAUCCUGAACAGCCACAGUGCCUGAAAUCACCAAGUGGAUAAAACAUGUAUUUUAACUCUGUAUAUAUUACCCUUAAGUCAUUUUCCUGUCUUCACUAAUUUUAGCAAUGCAUUCAUAUUAGCUGCUGAAAAUAGCCACUCACAUUGAAAACCAGAACCAGCUUCUUGUAUGUUUUAUACAUUUCGUCAUUCAGAGACUAUCAGUAUAUGCUUACUUGUGUUCAAGUAGAAAAAAAUAUGGUAGAGUCUGAUAGGACAUAUUCCUGUACCACAGACAAAACAAAUCUUAUGUUGCAUCUACUAUCAACUGCUGCUAAUACAUUAUUUUAAAACUUGUCUUGCUCCUCAACUCUUCCUAUCUUAUAGCUUGAAAAAAUUUUAGGAUCAUAGGCAAAUCAGUUACCUUGCAGAGGGAGCUUUGUAUGGCAGACAUUGUCUGAUUUUAUUUCUAUACCAUUUUAGUUGUUAUUAAUAUGAUUUAAUGAAUAAGGAAAAGUUUUCUUCUUGAUUGGAAGUGGUGUUAAACAUGAUGAAAAACAAAAUUCUGAAUGUCUUCAAAUUUAAUUCCAUAAAAUAUAUUAUUUUUUCAUAUGUGAUGUAUUCAAGCAGAACAACUUUUGUAUUUUGUAAAAAAAAAAAAAGUGUUUAAUAAAUGAUCCUU